AUUCUCUCUCUCUUUCUCCGUCUCUCUCUCUCUGUCUCUCUGUGCGCGUGUGUGAGUGAGUGCAAGAAAAUGGCAGAAGCCAGUAUUUCAGUAGAUCAGGAUCAGUUCAUCUGUCCAGUGUGUCUGGAUCUCCUGAAGGAUCCUGUGACUAUUCACUGUGGUCACAGUUUCUGUAAGGUGUGUAUUAAUAGCUGCUGGAAUCAGGAAGAUCUGAAGGGCGUCUACAGCUGCCCCCAGUGCAGAGAGACUUUCACCCCAAGGCCUGUUCUACGCAGAAACAACAUUUUGGCUGACAUGGUGGAGAAACUGAAGAAGACUGAAUUCCAAGCUGCUUCUCCUGCUCACUGUUACGCUGGACCUGGAGAUGUGGAGUGUGAUUCCUGCACUGGGAGAAAAUACAAAGCCGUCAAGUCCUGUCUGGUGUGUCUGGCCUCCUAUUGUGAAGCUCAUCUUAAACCUCACUAUCAGUCUCCUGCCUUUAAGAAGCACAAGUUAGUUGAAGCCUGUGCAGAGCUCCAAGAGAAGAUCUGCUCUGAGCAUGAUAAAGUAAUUGAGAUCUUUUGUCACACUGACCAAAGCUUCAUCUGUUAUUUGUGUACGAUGGAUGAACAUAAAGGUCAUGAGACUGUUUCCACGAAAGCAAAAAGAAGUGAAAAACAGAAUGAGCUAAAGGAGGAGCAGAUGAAAUCCCAGCAGAGGAUCCAAGAGAAGAAGAAGAAGGUGAAAGAGCUGAAACAGACUGUGGACACUAUUAAGAAGCGUUCACAGGCAGCAGUAGAUGACAGUGAGAGGAUCUUUACUGAGAUGAUCAGCUCCAUGGAGAAAAGGCGCUCGGAGAUGACGGAGCUGAUCAGAGGUCAGGAGAAAGCUGAACUGAGUCGAGCUGAACGACUCCUGAAGCAACUGGAGCAGGAGAUUGCUGAUCUUCAGAGGAGAGUCACUGAGCUGGAGCAGCUUUCACACACACACGAUCACAUCCACUUCCUCCAGAGUUUCCAGUCUCUCUGUGUUUCUCCUGGAUUUGAGGACUUCCCAAUCACUGUCAAUCAACAUUUGUCAUUUGAUGGAGUGAAGAAAUCUCUCUCAGAUCUGAGGAACCAAGUUGAAGAAAUCUGUGAGGAGGAAUUCAACAGAAUCUCUCUACAAGCUGCAGCAGUUCGGGUGACUUUACCCUCAGAAUUGAAAAGCAGAGAAGAUUUUCUGCACUAUUUCUGUUAUCUGACUCUGGAUCCAAACACAGCACAUCAUCAGCUCAUUCUCUCUGAGAAGAACAGAGUGGUGACACGCAGUAAGACACAACAAUACUCUGAUCAUCCAGAUAGAUUUACCACUUACACUCAGGUGUUGUGUAAGGAGAGUGUGUGUGGACGCUGUUACUGGGAGGUGGAGUGGAGUGAUAAUGUGGUCAUAUCCAUCUCAUAUAAAGAGAUCACCAGGAAAGGAGGAGGUAAUGAAUGUAUGUUUGGAUGCAACAGUCAGUCCUGGAGUCUGCGUUGUUCUUCAUCUGUCUCUUUCUGGCACAACAACAUUGAGACUGUGCUCCGAGGUCCAGCAUCCUCCAGAAUAGGAGUGUAUGUGGAUCACAGUGCAGGAACUCUGUCCUUCUACAGCGUCUCUGACACAAUGAGGCUCCUCCACAAAGUCCACACCACAUUCACUGAGCCUCUAUACCCUGGGUUCUGGCUCCUCAAGUUUAACUCGAUUGUGAAGUUACUUGAUCCAAAAUGAAAUGUAUCGUCAUCAUAAUGACUGAGUGAAACAUGAACUGGUCAAAUGUUCUUUGAGGAAAACUUGCACAAUAAAUCUCAGGUCCUCAGGUUGGAGAAAGAUUUCACCUUUCAACAUAACAGUGACCCAAAACACAUCCAAAUCAAUGUGUUUGGACAAGUGUGUGAAUGUUGUUGAGUGGCCCAGCCAGAACCUGGACAUGAAUCCAAUUUAAUAUCUCUGAGAUCUGAAAACAAAGUGGAAAUAAGAAGUGGUAUACAUGAGUAAAAUAAGAACAUACAGUAUGUUUGUAAAUAAUACUACUGCUACUAUUCAAGUGUCUUUGUCUUACUAAUUCUUUAUCUUCUUUUUUUGGCUGCUCCUUAUUAGGGGUCGCCACAGCAGAUCUUUUGUCUCCAUUGCUCCUUGUCUUCCGCAUCCUUCUCUACCACACCUGCGACUUUCAUGUCCUCUCUCACCACAUCCAUGCAUCUCCUCUUUGGGCUUCCUCAUUUUCAUGUGCCUGGCAGCUUCAUCCUCAACAUUCUCCUUCCAACAUGCUCUGCAUCUCUUCUCAGGAUGUGCCCAUACCAUCACAGUCUCAUCUAUCUUAGCUUAAUUCCCAAGCUCUCCACAUGUGCUGUCCCUCUGAUGUGCUCGUUCCUUAUCCUGUCCAACCUUGUCACUCCCAUCGCAAACCUUAACAUCCUCAACUCCGCCACCUCCAACUUUGCCUCCUGUCUCUUCGUUAAGGGUACAGUCUCCAAUCCAUACAUCACAGCUGGUCUCACUACUGUCUUAUACAUCUUACCGUUCACUUUUGCUGGGACUUUCCUAUCACAAAUGACUCCCGAAAUCCUUCUCCAACUGCUCCACCCUGCCUGCACUCUCUUUCUCACCUCACUAUCGCAGCCCCUAUUUUCCUGCACAGUUGACCCCAGGUACUUGAAUUCACCAACUUUCUUUACGUCUACUCCUUGCAUCUUCACUACACUCUCAUCCCCAUUCUCAUUGAUGCACAUGUAUUCUGUUUUGCUACUGCUCACCUUCAUUCCUCUUCAUACCAAUGCAUACCUCCAUCUCUCCAAACCCAGCUCAACCUCCUUUCUACUUUCACCGCAUAUCACAAUAUCAUCCGCAAGCAUCAUGUGCCAUGUCUUACAAAUUCUUUAUAAGAUUCCUAUUUAAAUGAAUGUUAGUUCAGGCCAGUCUGACAUCUUGUUCUUGCUGAAAUAUAAUGCGUUGUAGUAAUAAGCCUAUUAACAAUAAAACAAACACAGUAUUUCAA